CUUACUUCCUUGCUUCCUUGCUUCCUUCCUUCCUUCCUUCCUUCCUUCCUUCCUUCCUUCCUUCCUUCCUUCCUUUCUUGCUUCCUUCCUUCCUUGCUUCCUUCCUUCCUUGCUUCCUUCCUUCCUUCCUUCCUUCCUUCCUUCCUUCCUUCCUUCCUUCCUUGAUAGGUAUGAAGCUGCCGGAGAGUCGAUUCUUGCACUGGAAACUUUUGCAAAUCUUGCCCCUGUCUCCACUUGCAUUUAGGCUGGUGGAUUUGCAGAGCUGUAACUGUGAAUCGUGGCUUUUCCUCUUGGAUGCCGAUGAUGGUUAGUGACAGGAGGAGAGAGCCGAAAGAGGAGGAGGAGGAGGAGGAGGGUGGAUCCGAAGAUGUUUCGCUUUCAAGUCAGGCGACGAGAGAGAUUAACCGAGAUGAGCGUCUGGGGCAUGUCCAGGCCUGGCUGAGCGAGGAAACAGGUGUGCGGCAAAUGCACCUGGCAGGACCGGGCAGCUCCCUGCCGAGGCCCUCAGGCAGCUCAAGCGCGCCCUCCCAGCCACACGAAUCGGGAUCUCGAACCGGCUGCAGCUCCGGAGAUGCGCUCUGACCGUUCCUGGAUUCCACCUCACCUGGGAAAAACUCUCCUGCCAGAGAUGGAUUGAGCCGUCCGUCCGGUGCGUCUCCGGUCAGAGCGAGAUCCUUGGCCUUUUUUGGGGGAGGUUGGCAAGGAAGCAGCCACCAUGAAGAAAAUGUUCUCCUGUUCCAGCCAUGAAGUGGCGAUCGAAAGCUGGAACAAGCAUGACCAGAAGCUGUUUGACGCCGUUGAGAAAGGGGACGUGACCCGGACGUCCCUUUUUGCCUCGAGGAAGACGGCUCACCCCACCAAGCUCAACGCCCUGGGACAAUCUGCGUUCCAUCUGGCGGCUUCCAAGGGGCUCACGGAGUGCCUCACCAUCCUGCUCACCCAUGGGGCCGACGUCAACGAUAAGAACGAGGAUGGCAGCACAGCGUUGCACCUCGCCACCAUCGCUUGCCAGCCCCAGUGCGUGAAAGUCCUCCUUCAGCAUGGAGCAGACGAGGAUUGCGUGGAUGGGGAGAGUCGGACGCCUCUGCAUUGGGCUGCUUUAUCUGGUUGUGCCUCCAGUGUCUUGCUUCUCUGCGACCAAGAAGCCUUCCUUGAUGUUACGGAUAAGAAUGACCGGACCCCCCUGAUGAUCGCGGCUCAGGGGAACCAGACGGCCAUCUGCUCUCAGCUGCUCCAGAGGGGUGCCAAGGUCGACCUCCCGGAUAAGGAUGGCAAGACGGCUCUCAUCCUUGCCUGCGAAAACGGAGGCGCAGAGGCAGCUGACCUUCUCCUGCAGAACGGGGCCAACGUGGCUUUGAUGGACAAGACCGACCACGAUGCCUUGUACUACGCCACGCGAAGCAAAAACCGGAUUCUUCGGAGACAGAUCCGGACUGCCUUGAAGAGAUGGAAAAAACGAGAACUGGGGCUGUUUGACUCGUCGGAAACUGGUUCACAGGUGCCCUCCGAGAGCGGGAAAGACACCGACGUGAGUAGCUUGGCUUUCCAGAGCGAGGCGGGCGACCAGAGCGACGAUGAAGGAGAGGCGGAGGAAGGCUCCGAGUUACGGGAAUGGCAGAGCAGAUUCCGGGAGGAAAAGAUGAAAGUGAUCCAGCUGGAACUACAGCUGGACCAAAAGACCAAAGAGUGCCAGGUCUUCUCCAAGGGGUGCCAGCUCUUGAAAGAGAAGGUCUGGGACCAAGUACAGGAGAUCGGCCAACUCCUGCCAGAUCGGGAGGGACGUGUCCGCGACUGGCGGCAGCUGAGUCGGCACCUCGGCCACGAUCACACGGAGGGGGACCACUGCCUGGACCUUCUGGCCCAGCAAGUCCGAGACCUGAAGGAGAGGAAGAAGCAGCAGGAAGCAGAGAAGGAGCUGGCCAAAGCUUCAACGCAAGGUGGGAUGACCAGUCCCACCAAGCUCCAGCCCGCCGGGACGGUCCGGUGGCCUGGCGAGGAAGAGGCGGAGGAGCUGAAGCACCUGCGGAAUGAGCUCCAGGCAGCUCUGGAGGAGAAGGCCACCGCGGUCAGGCGGGUGGAGGAGAUGGAGGGGCACAUGGAGAACAUGAGGGCCGUCAUCGGGGUCUUCGAAGCCAAGAAGAAGUCGCAGAACGCGGCCCUCAAGGAGAUGGAGGGUCGGACGCAGCAGUUGGGCGACGAGAACCGAAGGCUGCGGGGUCUCCUGGGAAAACACCUGGCCGGUCCUCCCGAGACCAGCCUUGCCCAGGCGAAGGUGGCCCAGUGCAUUAAGGAGAUGGAGGAGACCCAGUUCAGGGCCCGGGAGGAGAUGGUGGCCAUGUUGGCUGAAAACGAGGACCUGAAGAAGGAAGCCGAGGAGGCCGUCCGCAGCAGGCUGCAGUUCCAAGCGGUGCCAUCCGGCGCGGUUAAGAAAUGCGUCACGGCCUGGAAGAAGGUUGUCACCGGCUGGGGGGCUCUGGCUAACCUGGAACAGGCCUGUUCUGCUCUCGUGGACAAAGCUCGACCUCUCCAAGAAGCCAUUUUGGAGCCUCCUUCCAAAACCUUGGUCAACGGCAACGGUCUUCCUGAAGAAGAGAAGAAUGGCUCUAGCCACGAGCCGGCUCGCUUAGAGACCGUCAAGGAGCUGCAGAAAGAUGGGGUAGAAAAGACCCAGGUCCAUAAUGGUCUUGUGGGGCAGGUGAAGCUCAGGCCGAAACCUGAGGGGGUGGAAAACAAGGCCCGUCCAUGCCAUCGGAGAAGCUCUGACAUGGAGAAGGAAGUGUGGGACCUCAAGCAGAACAACGGCGGCCUGGUGCAGGAAUUGGCCCAGCUGAGCAGGGAAAGGGAGAAGCUUCAGGAAGAACUUCAGAAGUUACAUGGCUCCACGGAGGGUUCUCCUCGGGCAGAGAAGACCGAGCGCCUGGUGGAAGAGCUGAAACGGACGGUGGAGGUCUUGUCCCAGGAUCUCUCGCUGGAGAAAGAGGAAUCGGGCAAGCUGCGCCUGAAGCUGGAGGAGCAGAGGAAGGAGGUGAUGUUCGUGAGGAACAACUUCCUCAAGAAGGUGAACCAAGACGCCAGCGGCAUCAUCGGCGACAACCUGGACAGCUGCAUCUUGAAGGAGCUCCACUGGAAGCUGGACAACGUGGUGAGGAAGCAGAACGAGGCCUUGCAGCUGGUGUCCGAGAUGGAAGAGGAGAACCGUGCCUUGGAGGCCGACCGGACUCUCCUGCUUGAUCCCAGGAGCCCCGACGAUGACAAAACCGGUCAAGAGAUCUUCUUGGAGGCCUCCGAGGUCAUCGGGGAAAACUGGAAGGUCAGAGAGCAGAUGGUGGAACUGGAGAAAGGCUUGCAGGAGAUGAAGAAGCUGCUGGUUGCAUCUCAGGUGACUCAAGGUGGCCUCAAGGCAGCCAGCCUGAUGCAGCUCCUGGACCGAGUCCUGGCCCAGAUGGCUGACCUGCGCCGGGAGGAAGAACAAGUUCUCGGCAAAUACGAGAAGAUCUGCAGCAUGCUAUCCACCAGGGCUCAGGUCCUGGGGGAGGAACUGGCGGCUCUCCGGGAGAAAUACGAGGAAGCCAGGGGAGCAUCUACCCGUCACAAGGAAGCCCUGGACCGCGAACUGCGGAAGACUCAAGAGCUGAUGGCCGAAGCUCUGGAGCACGAGGAAGAAGUGGAGGAGCUGAGAGGGAAGUCCCAGAAAUUGGAGGGCAACGUGGACAAGCUGAAUAAGAAAGUGGACGACAUCGCCAAGAUGUGCCAGGAGAGAGAUGCCAAGAUCAAGAAGCUGCUGAAGGAAACGGAGAAGCUCUCGAGCGAAAUCUUGAACCUACGGAGCGAACGCACUCGGCUGAUCCUGCAGAACGAGGUUGCGCAAAAGAACCACCAAGAGAUCGUGGCCAUAUACAGGACUCACCUGCUCAAUGCAGCCCAGGGGUACAUGGAUGAAGAGGUCCAUGCCAUGCUAUUGCGGAUCCUGAGGACAGACUGAAGUCCGGAAAACUCUGUGCGAGAAACCAGCUCCCAAUCCUCCCAAGAGCCGGCUCCGAUUUCGGGGAUCGCCCGUUGCCCAAAACCACGCAGGAAGGAUGCAACUUUGCAAAGCACGCCAGACCAUCUGCCUUUUUUGGCCAGUGGCUGGAAUUCCGAAUGCGAAAUGGGACCUCCGUUUGCACGGGUGUCUCUGAACAUCCGCCUUGCUCUCUAGAUGGAGAUCCGGGUUGGGGAAAGGGAAAGAAACUAAAAGGACAAGGCUCUUCCCUGCCGUGAGGUUUUGGGGCGUAAGCCAUUCUUGCGAGGGACUUGCUCUUCAUUGGACGGACGCCAGCAGGAACCACGAACCAGAGCUGGGAGUUAUCAAAUAUUUCUCAUCCCGUAAUUAUUAUUAAAAUUUGGAAAUCACCCUGUACUUUACAACAGCAAUUUGGCACGGAGAUUUAAGAUGGGCUGUUGCAAUGCAUGCAACUAAAAGCAGGUUCCCGAACAGCUGGGAUGAUCUAGAUCAUCCCAGCUUUUGUCGUCGCGUGCCGAAAGUGCAUGCAUGCACAUGGAACAGCACGCGUGCAUGCCUGUACCCAUAAUGCAAUGUGCAUGGCCCCCUGCGCCCUGUCCCCCGUGCAUGCGUGCAUGACCCCUCCGCCCCGUUUUGGGCCUAGCAGGCUUCCCUGCAGCCUCUGUGGCCCGUUUUUGGUCCAAGAGGCUGCAGGGAGGCCUGCUAGGCCCAAAAUGGGCCGCAGGGGGUGCGCCACCGCCCCCCAGCAUGUACGCGCAACCCCCGGGCAUGCACACGCAUUUCCUGCAUGUGCUCCGCCCCCCCAUGCAUGCGUAGCGGAGACCCAAAAAUCAGCUGCUUGGCGGUAGGCAUGCACACAUAUGGGGUGGUACUGAGCUGGGCGACGGCUCGCGUGCCCGCAGAGAGGGCUCCAUGUGCCACGUGUGGCACGCGUGCCAAAGGUUCGCCAUCACUGUUCUAGAUCAGCGUUUCUCAACCGUGGCCUCUGGCAGAUGUGUGGUCUUUGCUGGCUGGGGAAUUCUGGGAAUUGGAAGUCCACGCGUCUUCCAGAGGCCCACGGUUGAGAAACCCUGGCCGAAAUUUUUGCACUGCCAUUCCUGUUUCGGGCCAUUCCUUGCCAAAGAAAUAUAUACACUGCUAAGAAAAUAUAAAUAUUCGGGGGAGACCCAAAGGUGCUUUAGUCUGAUUUUUACAAAAGGUGGUUAAACCUUUGUUUGAGUUAUCAGGAUGUGGGGUUUUUUUUCAAACAAACAAACGAACAAGCAGAACCUUACAAAUAAAUGAUGGGCGUCUUCUUCGA